CUCGCAGCAUCAUGAAGCAGCACUGCGUCAUCAAACACAGCGUCUUCAAAGAGUUCCUGGCCGAGUUCCUCGGGACCUUUGUGCUGGUGCUGUUCGGCUGUGGCUCGGUGGCUCAGACGGUGUUGAGCAGAAACACUCUCGGGGAACCACUGACCGUCCACAUUGGCUUCAGCACUGGACUCAUGAUGGGUGUCUAUGUGUCCGGCGGUGUCUCUGGUGGUCACCUGAACCCUGCCGUAUCUCUGGCCAUGGUCAUCCUGGGGAAGCUGAAGAUCUGGAAGUUUCCCAUCUACGUGAUGGCGCAGAUGUUGGGUGCAUUUGUGGGAGCGGCUGCAGUCUUUGGAUUGUAUUACGAUGCCUUCAUGGACUUCACCAAUGGGAUCCUGUCAGUCACAGGAAUUAACGCCACAGGACACAUCUUUGCCUCAUACCCAGGCAGACACCUGACAGUCCUGGGCGGUUUCGUGGAUCAGGUGGUGGGGACAGGAAUGCUGGUCCUGUGUAUUCUAGCGGUUGUGGACGGCAGGAACAUCGGUGCUCCUCGAGGCGUGGAGCCACUGGCUGUGGGUCUAAUCCUGCUGGGCAUCAGUGUUUCUAUGGGGCUGAACUGUGGUUACCCUCUGAACCCCGCCAGAGACCUGGGCCCUCGCCUCUUUACUGCUGCUGCCGGAUGGGGAAUGGAGGUGUUCAGCACUGCAGAUUACUGGUGGUGGAUACCUGUCGCUGGGCCGUUGGUAGGGGGCAUCGCUGGUGCUGUGAUCUACUUCCUGUUAAUCGAGCUUCAUCACACCAACCACAAUGACAAACCUCACGAAGAACCUGAGGAAGAAGAGGAUGAGGAGGAAGACGAGGACAGCAGCCUGAAAGACAAAUACGAGAUGAUCAACAUGAGCUAGACACCUGAGAUCAGUAGAAUUCCUGUCAUGAAAUAAAGCCAGUAAACUCAUUUUCAGAUGCUGUUUACAUGAGUAAACACAUCAGUGACACCAGUAGACCUCCAUCCACCUUCACAGCUCAGACAAUGUAUGGGUUUUCAUUAAAUUAUUCAUGUUUUUUAACUAAAUACAAGCUUAAAAUCUGUAAACCCCUCUUUCCCAUAAUCCCCCAUUGCACAUAACAUUAGAAUGUAUUUUGCUGAUGGUUAAUAUUUCCCAAAGCACUCAAUUCAAUGGCUUUUAUAACUUUAAAGUGAUGGAAAUGCAUCAAGGUCCUGUUAGGAACUCUGUUCAGGUUAAGAAUCACCAAACAGAGGCGCACUGAUAACACUGAUCAUGAAACGGCCUUGUCUGAGCACGUAAUUGUUCAUGGCAAAGAUUUGCAUUUGUCUAUGAAAGAUUUUCCACUAGAUCACCAUUGCUGAGUUUUUAAAUGUAAGUUUUAUUUAACCUUGUUGUCAUUUAUAUAUUGUCUGUGAUAUUUGUGUUCAUGUGUUUGUAGAUCAUGCUUCUUUUAUUGACUUGUUUUUGAAAGUCUUUCAUAAAAAGUAGAUCUUUUGUAAUGAUGAAAUCCUGCGACUUCAACUGUAUAUUUGUGUUUUUUGCUGAA